UUUUUACGGCCGUUAUUACAAUAUUAGGCCCUAUACAUAACAACUACUAAGUCAAAACUCGAAAACCCAAAGGGAAACUACUCUAAUAUUUUAUUAGAAGUUGAAAAUUUCAGUGUAUCAGAUUAGUGAGAGUGUAAGUUGUAAGUCUCUGGACACAUCCUUAACGUCAAGAAAAUGAGCCUGUAAUGCAUUAUUAAAGAUUUAAAAUAAAAGAUGAAGAUUCCACUCGAAACAAACAAAGUUACCCCUCAUCUAUCACAGCAUACGCCUUCUUUCACUGAAGCUUAUGAUCUCUCUUGCAAGGUGAUGCUAGUCGGUGACAGUGGUGUAGGGAAAACAUGUUUGCUGGUGCGGUUUAAAGAUGGAACAUUCUUAUCCGGAAGUUUUAUCUCAACGGUUGGAAUUGACUUUCGGAACAAAAUAGUUGAAAUAGAUGGUGCCAAAGUGAAACUGCAGAUUUGGGAUACUGCUGGACAAGAAAGAUUUAGAAGCAUUACUCGAGCAUACUAUCGAGAUGCAAAUGCACUUCUACUUCUAUAUGACAUCACAAACAAGACAAGCUUUGACAAUGUUCGAGCAUGGCUAGGGGAAAUAAAUGACUAUAGCCAAGAUGGUGUUGUUAUUAUGUUACUUGGUAACAAGUGUGAUGCAACUGCUGAUCGACAAGUAAGGAAAGAAGAUGGAGAAAGAUUGUCCAAGGAAUUUGGUGUCCCUUUUAUGGAAACAAGCUCCAAAACUGGACUCAAUGUUGAUUUAGCAUUUAAUGCUAUUGGAAGGGAACUAAAAAACAGGAAAGUCAAUGGUUAUAAUGAAUCAACAUUUACUAUUCAACAACAGCAAGAUAAGAAGGAUCUCAAUUGCUGCGUUACUUAAUUAACUAAAUAGUAAAAUAAACGUAGAUUUGUGCCUUACUUACCAACUGG